AUAUUUGUAUUUAUUUUUAUUCCAUACAAUAUUUUAUUAACUAUACACUGGCCUUUGUAUUACAGCAAAACGUUAUUGACUGUGUGACUACAAUAGAGCAGCGAUCCCCACUGGUUUAAAAGCGAGCUCUUAUAAAACUUUUUUAUUUGCGAGCGACUGUAUAAACAUCACUGAACUGGGCUCCAAUAUAAAUACAGAUUGUGUAAUAGGAAGUCUGUGUAAGCCUGCUCUGGCAUCUCUGUAAACUUCAGCCCUUCCCAUUACCUUUAAAGGAGUGUGUACCCUGAACUAAAUAUGGACAUGCACUUUCACAGGAUUUCGAAGAAUGUCCCAGCCUCACAGUCCACUUUGAUGAUGCGAACCUCUCGCAGUUCGUCACUUGUAACCCUCGCUGCAAGACUCUGAGACCAGCCUCUUUGCACCAGGAUUGAUGCCUCUGGUGGCUUUUUGGUGAGUGGGACACGACACAACAGCAGGACAUCAGCACAUAGGAAUAGUCAGCUUAUAAUUUGAAUUUAAAUCGAGGGAUUUGCUUGAGCUAGAUGUCCAGACGAAAGAUGAAAGGCCUGACCUGUAUAGGUCGCCAGGUCAGCGAGGACCCAGACCUGGACAACCUGCUGUCCACCCUCUCCCCCGAGGAAAUAGAGGAGCUGAAGAUGGACAUGAUGAAGGUGCCAGACAUUAACCCCGAGGAGGGGCUCAUCAUUGCAGGGGAGAACCAACCUGCGCAGCCACCUAUGAGCAACAAUGUCUGGGAUGCAACGACGAAACAGAGAGACACCAAAGGGAGGCUCAGCCAGAGGGAACCAUCAUUUGAGGGAGAGCCGAAGAAAGAGAGCCGGAAGCAGGAGUACCUGAGGAAGAUGGGUCUCAGCCAGGAGGGAAAUGACGAUAUGAAAGUGGGAAUGCAAAGACAAGCUAGUGUCUCAAAUGAAAGAGAUAUCAAGGCGGAGGACAGAAACAGCAAAGGUCCUGAAAGUUCAAAAGAAGACGGGAGCUGGUGUUCAAGUCGAAACAGGAAGCUGGAUAGCAGAGAGAGCGACACGAAAGAGGAGGCCCGUGACAAAGAGAAAUAUGAGGACAACAGGCUGAGAGACAGAAGAGAAAACAGAGUGAGCACAGGCAGCAAAACACAAGACAUGAUCUCAAAGUUACAGGAGAAAAGGGAUGAGAGCAAAGAGAAAGAAAGAAGGGAAGACUGCAGGAGACGAGAUGACAGCAAAACCAAAGACAUUAUCUCAAAGCUACGAGAAAAAAGCGAGAAAGAUGUGGGCAAGGAAAAGGAAAGAAAAACGGAGAGUAUCAAGACACAGGGGCUUGUCUCUAAAAUGGUGAAGCAGAGCAAGGCAUCGGAGAGCCAGCUUCAAGAGUGUAAACCAGAAGAGAAGAAGGCUAAAGCAGAGGAGAAGAAAUCUGAAUACAAAAACAAACCUGAUGUCAAACUCGAACGACAACCUUCUGAGAAAGACGAGGUGAAACGUGACAAGAUGGAGAAAAGAACAGACAGAGAAGAGUUGGUUAACCACAGUGACCAUGUGAAAGAGAAGUUUAAUGCUGAGCGGAAACCAGAGGAGAAGUUGCAAAGAGAGGACGGUAAGGUCAAGAAAGCUGAGGAUAGUGGGAAACUUGCUAACUGUGCUUCUAAAAACAGCCCUAACAGCAAGGCGAAGGAGGCAGAGGAGGAAGACGAAGACUCGAGCAUGUUUGAUGAGCUCAUGCAGCAGGUGCGAAGCAACAACCCCUCCCUCACUGAGCUCAACGUCAACAACUCAGAGGUCAUCAAGACGAAAACGCUCAUCGAGUUUGCAGAAGCUUUGCACAACAACACCCACGUCAAGACGUUCGCUCUCGCUAACUGCCGUGCGGACGACCAUGUCGCUUAUGCCAUUGCCGGCACGAUCCGCAGCAACAAGACUAUCACCAGCAUUAACCUCGACUCCAACCAUCUCACCGGGAAGGGCAUCCUGUCUCUCAUCCAGGCGUUGCAGCACAACUCCACGCUGACCGAGCUGCGCUUUCAGAACCAGCGGCACAUCUGCGGAGGGAAAACCGAGAUGGAGAUGGUCAAGAUCCUGAAAGACAACACCACCUUGCUCAAGCUGGGCUACCACUUUGAGUUAGCAGGACCAAGAAUGACCACGACAAACAUACUGAGUCGCAACAUGGACAGGCAGAGGCAGAAGCGCCUGCAGGAGCAGAAGCAGGCCCAGGCCAAUGGAGAGAAGAAGGGAACACUUGAGGUGCCCAAGAGCGGAGGUGGAGGAUCUCUGAGGAGUUCUCCCAAAGCUUCGCCUAAACCUUCACCCAUCCCUUCACCUGUGCCUUCGCCAAAGCUCACUCCAAGAAAAGGAGCUGGAGGUCCGGCUCCACCUCCGCCUCCUCCUGGGGGUGGACCACCACCUCCUCCACCUCCUAUGCUGGAUGCAAACCGCCCAGGUGGUACGAAGAACUCAAGGGACCAACUGCUUGCCUCUAUCAGAGGAACCAAUAAGAAACAGCUGAAGAAGGUGCCGGUGCCAAAGUGGCUGCAGUGAUAUUUCCUGCUGGAAUAUAAAGUGAAGAAGAAGAAGAGCAAGGGAGGGAGAACAGACAUCUCACCAGAGGGUUUCUAGGGGAUAACCUUUAUAAAUUCCCCUGGCCGGUUAAAGUGCAGUGGGGCAGAUGAAGACAGUGAAACAUGAGACGUUUGGAAGAACAGCCAUCACUAUGAGUUCUCCCAACAACACUGGACCAAAAAGACUCUGUGGAGAAUGAGUGAUGAAGGCCUCUCUGCAGAGAGUGCCAUGGGUUUGAGGCUGUUUGUCUUCCAUUCAUACUGACGCUUGGCUGGUUAUUUGCACUAGAUAAUAUGAGGCCGAUCAUAUAACAUGUUGGCUUGUAUAUGCAUCUGAAUGUGAGUGUGUGGGAGAGUGUGUGAUGAGCUUAACAAGAGAUUCAAACAACUCUAUAAAACUCUAAUAUUCAACAGUAUGUAAUUGAGAUUAAUUUGAAAAGUUAUUUAUUUGUGGAGAGGGAAUCCACCCUAUCAGCUGUAAAUCUGUAAAUCAAACUGGGAAUAUCAGGGAAUUAACAAACAUGGCGGCCUGACUUAAGAAAAUCUGCUUGGGUGGAGAAAACAAAAAGGUCAAGGUGGUCUUUGAUUGUGUGUCUCAAAUCUCAAGACAUCUCAGGCAGGUUUCGAAAGCAGCCCAUUGUCCCAGGAGUCCUGAGACAUAACGAAUGAGUCUCAGCAUGGAAAUAAUUACAUCGUGCAUUUUAUCAGGAAGUGCAGGGAGAUAAGUUUCAGCAUCUGAUGUUGCGUUUUGUGCAGAAUCAUUCUAGCCUGGGUUUUACAUCAAAAUGUCAGAAACGCCAUUAAAUCAACACUACUGUUGGUUAAUGUGCUAUUUAAAAGUGAAUAUCAGUUCUAAAGGAAAUUUAAUGUGAUUAGCAAAAACCUGAGUGUUGUAAUGAAGCACAUACAUUAUUACAUGUUUUUCUUACAGAGCCUGUAUGUUUUCAAUAAAAGAUUCUGCUAUGUUUGCAAGUUUAAUGUUACCCGUCUGAUAGAAGUGAUUGGAAUCUGUUAUUAUAUUAUAAUUUUUAGCUACAAUAAAUGAAAUUAUGUAUAUGAUAAUCUUGUUAAUUCUCUAUAUAUGUGCAUAUGAUUAUAUUUGUACAAGUAAAGAUGUGCUCAGACGUUUACAUCACUGAUCAUGGGCAUGUUUCAGGCUUUUAAUGAUUUAUUUUAACUGUUCUUUAUCCAUGAUGCAAUGACUGUACAGCACACAGCUUUAAUUACUUUGAAAAACAAGAACUUGAAAGGCUCACCUCUAAUCUUUCAAAUAUAACUCUUGUCAGUGUAGCACAAUUGGUCAAUCUUGGCCUUGUCUGACCAUAAAACAUUUCUCCAGAAGGCAUUUGGUUUGUCCAUGGGGUCAGCAGGGAAUUUUAGUUGUGUUUUAAGGUGUUGAUUUUGGAGCAGGGACCCUCUCAGACAAUUGUGAUGGCAUGCUUAGAAAUGGUUCCAUGAAAUGUUCCCAACUUGUAUAAAUCUACAAUUCUCCUCAACUUCAUUGAGUUCUUUGGACUUUGCCAUUAUUCCUAGUAUUGGGGAAUUCAGUGGUUGCUGUCUAACAAAUGCUUUUUAUGGAGACAAAGAGGAUCUACCAAUUGUGAUCUCUCAUGAUCAUUAACAAAAAGCAAAUAGGCCUCGGCCUUGUCGAAUUAAAAGACACUUUAAAACCUUCAGCAGCGCUUAUUAAAAGGUUCGAGUCUGUGUCUGUUUUCAGCCUGUGUGUAUAAUUUUGACCCUGUGUGGAUAGGAAAAAAUCCAAAAGAUAUGCAAACCCAAUUCUUGCAUUUUAAAGUAAAUAAAUAUGUAUGCUGUACAAUCCUUCCACCCUGGAAAAGAAGCAGCUCGAAGAAAUCCUUAUGAGCCCCAAAUGAUCAUCACAUUCAUGCCUAUGAUGAGUGUAUGGAAGCUUCUGACCACAGCUGUAUAUACAUUCAAAAAUGCAAUGGCUUGUACUCGCAGCAGGAUUUUACGACAUCACUAUGACUUUUGUGGCUAGUUGGGGUCCCAUGACUUACUUAGACUAAGGUGGAAACUUGCGGUGUCCGUAUGCCAAAAAAUACCUUUCCAGGAAAGCAGGAGGCCUCUCGUGUCUCGUACUUUAACUACUGAAAUAAACAUGGAUUCACAUUUUUUAAAUUUAUGUAUCUGCAUUUCUUGAUGGAUUAAUUUUAAAAACCGCACGGCAGAACCUUUACCAGACACAAAACAUUAUAUCAACUAGUGAAUGUUUUCGUAGCAUGUAUCUGUGCUUCUGCAGUGGACCAUGAAGAACUUUUCUUCUAUCUGUUGCUCUUUACAUAAUGUGUUUAAAGCUACGUGGAAACAUUGGGAGCUGUCUAGUGUCCACCCACCAGCUGGAAAGGUAGCCAUCAUCCAGAGAAAAAAGAGAGCAGCAGCAGCAGGCCAGUUUAUCUCUCUGCAGCCUUGCCUCAGUCUCUGCAUCCACAAAAUGCCUAUAUUUGGUCAUUUCUCAAUGAGGGCUUGCUCUGUAAGUCAUUCCUUUCUUGUUCCUAAUAAUGGGCAGUGAGCCAGCCUUCUGUCUUUUAGCUGUAGCUGCUACUCUGACCAAUAGUCUCAGAAGGAAGAAAAAGAGGGGAAGGAAUGAAAUGUUGAGAUUACUGGUUUUCAGUGCCAUCAGAAGGCCUCUAAGUACAUUGCAUUGCUAUUACUAAGAAAACACUAGGAGCACAGCAGAGUGUGAUUAUUUUGCUAUGAAGAUUUCUAUUUGUGUUGCAGAAAUGUGAAGAAAAAAGUUUAUUAAGGGGUGUUCUUUUGUUUUUCUACCUGCUUUUUAACCUUUGUCACUGUAAAUAAGACUUUAUGUGAUCAGUGUGACAUUGCUUCUGUUGAUAGAAAUGUCAAAACUCUCUUAUACCUGUCUGGCUGUCCUUUAAUUUGCUUCAUGUUAUGUGAAUUAGCAAACACUGAAGUAUAAUACAAGUCUAUAGUGCUUGAACAGUUCUACUUUUUUACUUUAC